UUUGAUUAUUAACCAGUUAGUAAACAUGAGCAUAUUGUUAAUAAAAAUAUAUAAAUAAUUGAGAUAAGGCCUAUGAUUGUAUUUGCAGAGUUUGCAUAUAAUAUUUCCCAUUUUUGUUGAAUGAACUUAGAUCUAAUUUUUUCUAACAAGAUGAAGUCAUUCCUAUUAGCCAACGAGUCUUCUCCCCUUUCUGUAACUCCCAACAAUUUCAUCCUCCCAGAAAGCAAAAGACCAAACCUUUCAGAGGUUAAAUCUCUAGACUCAAUCCCCAUAAUUGAUUUGAGUUACUCAUCCUUAGAAGUUAUUCACAAGAUUUCAAAGGCUUGUGAGGAAUUUGGUUUCUUUCAAGUUGUGAACCAUGGUGUUCCUGAACAGGUUUGCCAUAAAAUGAUGAAAGCCAUUACUAACCUUUUUGAACUGCCAUCAGAGGAAAGAGAGAGUCUCUAUUCAACAGAUCAUACAAAGAGUGUAAGAUUGUUCAAUUAUUACCUUAAAGUGGAAGGUGGAGAAAAGGUCAAGUGUUGGAGUGAAUGUUUUAUUCAUCCAUGCUAUGCUAUUGAUGAUAUCAUUUCUCUUCUACCAGAAAAAAUUAGAACUCAAUACAUAGAGGCAUUCAAUGAAUAUGAAGAGGAGAUUGGUUUAUUGGGGAGCAGGCUUUUAGGUUUGAUAUCAGUAGGGCUUGGCUUAGAGGAGGAUUGUUUGUUGAAGAAGUUAGGUGAGCAGCCUAGACAAAGAGCACAAGCAAAUUUCUAUCCACCAUGUCCAGAUCCAGAGUUAACCAUGGGUCUAACUGAGCAUACUGAUCUCAAUGCUCUCACUGUACUUUUGCAAUCAGAAGUUUCUGGUCUUCAAGUUAACAAAGAUGGAAAAUGGAUUUCUGUACCUUUCAUUCCCAAUGCUUUUGUUAUUAACGUAGCUGAUCAAAUUGAGGUUUUAAGCAAUGGAAGAUACAAAAGUGUACUUCACAGGGCAGUUACCAACAAUUUGAAUCAACGACUAUCGAUGGCGAUGUUUUUUGGGCCAAAUCCGAACAUGAUAAUUGGUCCAAUUCAAGAGCUAAUAGAUGAAGAACACCCUCCCAAAUAUAGAAAUUAUCGCUUCUCUGAGUUUCUUCGAGAGUUCUUCAAUCACCAAGGAACAAGGACCAUGCUGAAGGAAGCCUUUGAAAUGCCACAUGAUAACAAAUAAUGCAUUUUAAUUUGUAUGCAUUAAUUAUGAAAAUAAGUUUACACAUAUAAUAUCCAAUUAAAUAUAACCAUCAAAUAUUUUUAUUUAAUAUAUAUUUAAACGGUUAAAUAAUAAUUUUAAAAUAU